AUGGCCACCCCAUUCAUCCCGAAGCAGGCCCUCAAGUUCGAUGGCGCCCUUCUUCAGGAGCUCCAGGGCGACGUCAGUGAUACCAUUGCGCGGGACCUGCUUCGCGAGGACUUGCCACCCAUUGUCCCAUCGUCUGUCAUUCACGACAACGGUUGCGGCUACGGUGCUGUUACCAUGGCCGUCAUGAAUUCCAACCCGCCCGAGAACAUUCAAAUACACGCUACGGAUGCAAAACUUGCUGAAAACCCAUCCUGUCCUGUCAAAAUCGAAAACAUGGAUGCUUGCAACCUUACCUUCCCAGACAACACCUUCAACCUCUCCUUGUCGACAUUCGUAUUCGUCGGGCUGAGCGAUAGUGUUGCGGCUGCAAAGCACAUCCGACGAACCCUACAGUCCGGAGGAACUGCCGCUGUUGCUGUGUGGAAGGAGAUGCCGUGGCACCUGGCGUUGGAAAACGCACACCACAAGACGCGUGGAGCGGGAGAACGGAUGGCUCCAUUCCUGACCAACAGCUGGUACAAGAAGGAAAGGCUUCAGCAGGUGACGACGGAUGCUGGUUGGAAGGAUGUCAAGUACGUGGAGAAGACGGCAUGGUUGAAUCUUGGCGCCGAUCUGAAGCGCUGGGCUACGAUUGCCUGGACAUUUCUGGCCACACCUGUUGGUGGUUGGCAGCAACGUGACGAGGACAAAUGGGACGAGGCAAUCGACUUCAUCGUGAAUGAGUUGAGUCAGUCGCAAUGGCAUAAGGUUGAGGAUGGCAUUCACAAGAUUCGCAUGGUGGCGGAUGUUGCAAUUUACCAGAAGUAG